CGAAUAUUCCAAGCAUAUUCUCUGUUCAAGAGGUUGGAAGAUGCUUUUUGUUAUUACGAAGCACCCAAUUCGUUUCACUUUUGCUUCCCGUCGCCACUCCAUUCCACUGAAUUAGCAGCGUAAUUUGGAAACUACAAGAUAUUUUCUGUCAGAAUUCGAUUGUUGUGGGGAAUUGUGUCGGCGUGAGCAAGCAGCAUGAUCGAGGUUACCGCAGUUUUGUUUCUUAUUGCCCCGAUUUUUUGGGCGGUUCUCGCUCUACUGUCAUUAUUUCACUACCGGAAGCUAUCUCUCUACCGAAAAGUUGAAAAUUUUCCUGGCCCACCGACGCUUCCGUUCAUCGGAAACGCUCACUAUUUCAUGGGCGAUUCGAGCAGUAUUUUCAACAACAUCGUCAAGAUGGUGAACUCUUACCCCUCGCCCUUCAAAGUUUGGCUGGGCCAUCGACUGUUUUUCGUGGUCUACGAACCGGAUCAAUUGGAGAGCGUUUUUCUCAGUGCAAAAACCAUCGACAAGGAUUCGCUCUACCAGUUCGCAAAGCCUUGGCUAGGGAGCGGCCUGUUCACGGCAUCGACUGAGGAGUGGCGAAUCCACCGAAAAUUGAUUGCUCCAACCUUCAAUAUUAAAAUACUGGAAUCUUUCGUCGAGAUAUUUGCCAAACAGUCGGAAAUAAUGAGCCAGCAAAUGGGCAAGGAAUCGGGAGGUGGAGAGUUCGAUGUAUUCGAAUACGUUACUCUGUGCACGAUCGACGUUAUCUGCGAAACUGCUAUGGGAAUCAAGACACAAACUCAGUUGGACAAAGACCAUAGAUACAUCCAUUCGUCGAAAAGAGUUUUCGAAAUCCUUUGGCGGCGAAUUUUCAACAUCGUUCUGCACCCCGAUUUCAUGUUCGGUUUCACAGAAUGUUAUCGAGAACAAAACGAAUGUAUAAAAUACUUGCACGGGGUGACGGAGGACGUCAUUCGACGGAAGAGAAACGCGAUGGGGAAAGCCGGAGCUCGUCUGGACGAGGAAUAUUCAGAAGAAAGAUUCUCGACGAAAAAAGUUUUUCUGGAUCUCUUGAUGGAGCUGUCGGACAAAGGCAUCAAAUUCACGGACAAGGAACUCAGAGACGAAGUUAAUACGAUGAUGAUAGCGGGGAUCGACACCACGGCAACGGCCAACACUUUCGUUUUGUUCAUGCUCGCCAACUAUCCCGAGAUUCAAGAAAAAGUGUACGAGGAGCUCUGCGAGAUCUACGGCGACGAAGUUGCGUCCGACAGAGUGAUUCAGAGCGAAGACCUCGCUCGGAUGGUCUAUUUGGAGAGAGUUAUAAAAGAGACUUUGAGACUCUUUCCCAUCGCGCCGAUCAUUAUCCGUAAAAUUCAAGAAGAUCUUGACCUGAACGGUCGCACUCUCCCAAGAGGAACCUCGAUCGCUCUGGCUCUCUUGAAAGUCCACCGUUGUGAAAAAAUCUGGCCGGAUCCAUUGAAAUUCGAUCCUGAUCGUUUCCUACCUGAAGAAGUUGCGAAACGUCAUCCGUACAGUUUCGUGCCUUUCAGCGCUGGACCCCGGAUGUGUAUAGGAUUCAAGUACGCGAUAAUGGCCGUGAAGGUUCUCGUGGCCACGGUUUUGCGUCGCUACGCCAUGUCCAAAGACGAAACUGUCGCUAUCGAGGACAUUAAACUGAAAGCAGAAAUCGUUUUGAAGCCCGUCACCCCGAUGAAGUUGAAAAUCGUCAGGAGGGUGCAGCCUCCGUCCGCGGCUCCGACGCGACCUGACGAGAUGAUUGGCUCCACCGCUGCUUUGUUUCUGACUCUUAUUUUUUGUGGAAUCGUCGCUUCCCUUUUAUUUUACUACCGGAAAUGGUCCUUGUACCAAAAGGCUGCCAAGUUUCCGGGUCCGCCGACACUUCCGUUAAUCGGGAACGCUCAUUAUUUCAUGGGCGAUUCAAUCAAUAUGAUGGCUACCAUGGUUAGACUGACGAACUCUUACCCUUCGCCCUUCAAAAUUUGGAUGGGCCCUCGACUAUUCACCGUGAUUUAUGAACCGGAGCAGCUUAAGAGCGUUCUUCUCAGCCCGAAAACCAUUGAGAGGGAAGCCCUUUACCAGCUCGCAAGUCCUUGGCUAGGGGACGGCAUUCUUACGGCAUCGGCUGACAAGUGGCGAAUCCACCGGAAAUUGAUCGCACCGACAUUCAACGUGAAAAUCCUGGAAACCUUUGUCGAAGUGUUCGCUAGACAAUCGGAAGUGAUGGUCGAACAGAUGAGCAAGGAAUUGGGCGGUGGCGAUUUCAACGUUUUUGCCUACGUUACUCUGUGCACACUCGACAUUAUCUGUGAAACUGCGAUGGGCGUUACGGCCUAUGCUCAAGUCGAGAAGGACAACGUUUACGUCCACUCUGCCAGCAGAGCUUUCGAAAUCAUUUGGAAACGAGUUUGCAACAUUUGGCUGCACUCCGAGCUCAUAUUCAGUCUAACCAAGUUGCACCGCGACCAGAAACAGUGCAUCAAGAAUCUGCACGGCGUGACCCACGACGUGAUACAACGGAAGAAAAACGCGAGCGGACGAAUCGAAAAACCUUUGGAAAGCGAAUAUUCGGGAUCGACGAAGAGGAAGGCCUUUUUGGAUCAUUUGUUGGAAUUGUCGGACCAGUUCACCGAGAAGGAAGUGAAAGCGGAAGUCAACACGAUGCUGAUAGCGGCGAACGACACCACUGGGACCGUGGUAACUUUCGCCCUGCUCAUGCUCGCGAAUCACCCCGAAAUCCAACAAAAAGCGUACGAGGAGCUCUGCGACAUUUACGGGGACGAGGUUUCGAGCAACAGCCCGAUACAGAACGAAGACCUCCACAGGAUGAUCUACCUGGAGAGAGUGAUCAAAGAAACUUUAAGGCUUUUCCCCGUUGCACCGAUCAUCGGGCGCGAGGUCCAGGAAGAUCUUGACAUCGGCGACCACACUCUGCCAAAGGGGAGCACAGUGAUAAUGGGCAUCUUGAAAAUUCAUCGUUGGGAAAAACUCUGGCCGGAUCCCUUGAAGUUCGAUCCGGAUCGUUUCUUACCCGAAGAAGUGGCGAAGCGUCAUCCGUACAGUUACGUGCCGUUCAGUGCCGGACCCCGAAAUUGCGUGGGAUUGAGGUACGCGAUGAUGGCCAUGAAAACCCUCGUCGCCACGGUUCUGCGUCGCUACGUUCUCAUAACCGACAAAAUUUCGGCCGUCGAGGACAUCAAACUCAAAUCUGAAUUCAUCCUGAAGCCUGUCGACCCCAUAAGGCUGAGAAUCCAGAAAAGAUAAAAGUUCCAUCGAAAAAAGAAGCCGGUCGUCGUCGAGGCGACCAAAACGAUCGAGUGGUGUUUAUUUAUUGCGGAUGUUUGGUCAGCGUAAUUGUACAAUUGUUAUUAUUUAAUAAACGUUUUAAACUUAA